CCUAUUCAUCCUACCUUUCAGAUCGUGUCCAAGGAGAAGGAGGUACUGGAAUGGCAGAGGAAGUACGAGGACAGUCGACAGGAAGUGCUGGAGAUGAGGAGAAUCGUGGCAGAGUAUGAGAAGACCAUUGCACAGAUGAUCGACGAUGAGCAGAAGGAUAAGUCUCUGUCUCACCACACCAUCCAGCAGCUGAUCAUAGAGAAGGACCAGGCUCUUUCAGACCUCAACUCUGUAGAGAAGAGUCUGGCUGAACUGUUCAGACGUUACGAGAAGCUGAAGGACGUCCUCGAGGGCUACCGCAAGAAUGAGGAGGUGCUGAAGAAAUGCGCUCAGGAGUAUCUGUCCAGGGUCCGUAAGGAGGAACAACGUUACCAGGCCCUGAAGAUCCACGCCGAGGAGAAACUAGACAAGUGAGUGCACCUCGCACACGCUGGUUGC